CACUGGGCACGUGGGCGCCCGCAGGCCCCGAGGAGCCCGGGUGUGCGCUAUGCUGGUGGUGGAGGUGGAGGCCGGGCAGGCCCUGGUGUGGGGCGCCGAGGCGGCGCGGACGCUGCGAGAGCGGCUAGGCGUGGGCGGCCGGCCCGUGGGCAGCCUGGCUCGGGGACCCCGGCAGAACGCGCGCCUCGGCCUCCCGCUGCUGUUACUGCCAGAGGAGGCCCGGCUGCUGGCGGAGAUCGGCGCCGCCACACUCGUCACUGCCCCGCGCCCGAACGCAGGCCAGCAGGCCCAGGCUGUGGCUGCUUAUCGUCAGGCGCAGGAAUCGGGAUUCCGGGAGCAGCGAGCCCUGGCGUCUGAGGCCCGGCGGAGGCGUCUAGAGGACCUGGCCCAGCACAUUGCCGAGGGCCGGGCCAAGAAACAGCGGGCGCGACGGGAGGUGGAGCCAGGAGAGGAGGGAGGUGAGGCGAGGGCCCUUGGGGGGGGGGGGGCCGGAGGUCUCUGCCAACGCCCUAACUCUCCCUCUUUGGUCUUCCCCCCCAACCAGGGCCGCAGCCCUGUUCCAGAGACUGCAGUGUUAGUCCAGCUACCCACAGCCCGCCCCAGGGCGGCCUGGGCCAGGCCCCUGGACUGGCACCAUCCAUCCCCAGAUUGGCCCCACCCCGGGAACCCAGCCCAUGAGCUGAGGUACCGAGUCUACAAGGAUCUGUGGGAAAGGGGCUACUUCCUCACCUCCGGGGGCAAGUUCGGGGGUGACUUUCUGGUCUAUCCAGGUGACCCUCUUCGCUUCCACGCCCACUUUGUGGCCCAGUGCUGGGCCCCUGGGGACCCCCUCCCGCUUCCAGACCUUGUCUCUGCUGGCCGUCUUGGGACCAAUGUGCGAAAGACCUUGCUCCUCUGCUCCCCUCAGCCCGAUGGCUCUGUGGCCUACACCUCCCUGCAGUGGGCCGGCCUGCCGUGACCAGAGAAAGAAGGGGGAAAGAACCUUGGGCUGAGCCACUGGACCUGGGCUCCUGAUUUCUUGUGUGUCCCUCGCCCUCAUUAGUGUCCCAGAUAUUUUGGACUCAGGGGUAUCCCCGUGCGUUUCACCUGGAGAACCCAAGCUCCUUGGGCUGGGGAAGGAGAGUGGAGGACCACCAUUUACUGUUUUCAGUGGAAUUAAAAUCUUGGGAUGAGCCAGAGGCUUUGUGGUGUGGCAAUCCUCAGGGCCAGACCGUCCCAGGACUCUGAGUUAGCUCAUUCGGGAGAUGUCUCAGUCUUCCCUCUGGCCUCAACUUUAAAUGGGAGCAGCAGUGAGGGGGUGAUGGGAAACCCUCAUUUUACCUAAUUUCUCCUCCAGGUAACAAGUUGACUCGGUUCCUCCCAAGUCUCCUCUUCCCUGGUUCCUUUAUGGUGGGAGAGACCUUGAUCCUAGAGGCAGCUCAAUGUUGCAGUGCCAAGAGGGGAGUGAGAGGGCCUGAGUUCUAACCCGUCCCCAGAUACUCCCUAGCUGUGUGACCCUGGGCAAGUCACUUCACCGUGUUCCAACUCAGUUUAUCUGUUAAACAGGGGUAAUCCUAGCCCUACUUCCCAGGGUGGUUGUGAGGAUCAGCUGAGAUACUGUAAAGUGAUGAGCACAGUGUGAUCAAGAUUCAGGGCCCUUCACCGUCCUGUUUGCCCUGCUGUGAAUGCUGGGAGCACUCCAGCACACCAAGCCCUCUCUGAGCAGAGAUGGCCUGAUGAACGGGACCGCGUGCUUCUCUUGUUCAGGUCUGUCCGAUCCUCCGUGACCCCACUUGGGAACAUUUUGCCAUUCCCUUCCCCAGUUCAUUUUACAGGUGAGGAAGCUGAGGCAAACAUUUAGGACCUGAAAUGCCCAGGGUCCCACAGCUAGGGAGCGUCUGAAACUGGAUUUGAACACUGCCCCAGAGCUGGUCAUUUACCCCUCACUCUCGCUUCCUGCUCCAGUUGUAGAUGCCAGGCCUCUUGAAGCUUCUCCCAUCCUCCGUGAUCUACUCUCUGGGUCCUCUCAGCUGCCAAGGUGGUCUUUCUAAAGCUUGGGCCCGUCCAUGUCACACUUUUGUUCAGUCCCCCUUUUUGUUUCUAGGUUCCAAGAUAAACUUCUUUGUCAUCUGAAGCCCUUCCCUACCAGGCUCUAACCCCCAGGGGCCAGACUUACCACUUUUCACCCCCUUCUUUUGGUGCUACCUUAAAGCCUCCCACCCCUUCCCUCUGGUGCUGCCCUAAAACCUCCCGCCCCCUCCCUUUGGCAUUGCCCUAAAACCUCCUGCUGCCUGGCAUGGCAUCCUCUUCACCCCUGCCUUUUGGAAUGCAUAUUUUUUCCACACUCGGCUCAGGGGCUUUUCUCUAUGUCAGCCCUUUCUCAGUCUUUUCAAUGGCUAGUGCCCUCCCCUCCUACAUCACUUUGUACUUACUUUUUAUAUAGACUAUGUAGACAUAUGUAUAUUUAUAUGCAACUAUGAUACAGGUACAUAUGUGUCUCUAUGUAUAUAUAUGUAUAUAAAAUACGUAUACAUGAGAUAUGUGCAUCUUUCCAGUAGAAUGGAAGCUUUUUGAGAGCAGGGCCUAUUUGGUUUUUAUAGUUAUAUCCUUGAUGCCUAUAACUCACACCUGGAGACAACCACUGCUGCAUCAACCCUUACAAUAUUAUCCUUUCAUGUUCCUAUUGAUGGGGAUGCUUGGGUGCCUGUGCCUGGACGCAAGUUCCAAAAUCACAUCUCUCCCUAGCUUCAAAACACCGGCCCUAGCAGUUUCUCUCUAGCAAAGCAGGACAGCGUGCCCUUAUCUCUCCUGAUACCGCAGGCAGCUGUACCUACAGAAUUUAUUAGUUUGGAUUCCCUGUGUACGUGCUAAACUGGCCACGUCCUGGGUCAUAGUUACUACUCGUUGGCUUAUGUGCAUGCUAGACCCAGACAUACAUACAUACAUACAUACAUACAUACAUACAUAUAUAUAUAUAUAUAUGCUCCCUUACAUUCAUCUUGUCUAACAAGACCUUGAUGGAAGCAGAGCAGCCUGGGUAUUCCCAGUCAGCCCGGACAGUGAAGUUUCAGGCCUAAAACUACACCUUGUGGUUUUGCCUUGGACUAUUUCCCAGUGAACUCUGGGUAAGCUGCUUGGGCAGUAGAUACAAAAAGUGCGUGUUCCUUCAAGAACCGACCACCCCUUAAUCACUUGCUAAUCCCACCCCAAAACAACUAAUUAACAUUUGGCAGGUUUCAUCCCAAAAUAUCAUAUGUAAACAUCACCUGCACCCCUCUAAGGUUGCAGGUUCCCUAAGAACGCUUGCCCGCCGAAAAGCAUAAUAAAUC